AUGGCGGAUCUCAGCUAUGGCGAUGCCGCCUAUUGGGACCAGCGUUACUCCACGAAAGGCAGCCCUGAUGAGUGGCUCUUGCACUGGACCUCCAUCUCCCAAGUCUUUGAGAAGUACUGCGGCGAGCACAGGACUCAAUGGAAGUUUCUUCACGCUGGAUGUGGCAACAGUGCUUUAACCUUCGAGAUGUAUCGAGCUGGAUAUCGUCAGAUCACCAGUAUCGACAACUCCGCCACGGUCAUCCAGCAAAUGCAGGAGGCGCACGGUGAGGAUGGCCUGGAGUGGUUCUGCAUGGAUGUCGGUGAGAUGAGCCUCGCGGAGCAGAGCUUCGAUGUGGUCAUCGAAAAAGGCCUUCUGGACUGCUUGGCAUGCAUGGAGGAUGCGCACUUGGCCACCGCGAAGUGCAUGAAGGAGGUCAUCCGCAUCUUAAAGUUCGAUGGCUUCUUCUUUUGCAUCAGCUUCAAUCAUCAAAGGGCACCCAGCCUCACCUCGGCGCCCUACCAUUUCCGCCUUUGUGAACUUCAGCGCACGGCCGCGCUCGGCGCGGAGUACUACGUGUAUGUCUUCCAGAAGGCCUCCGCCAGCAUCUUGAGUUUAUGGCCGAGCUACUGGCGAGAUCUUCGUCUACGGCUCUCGGAGGAAGACUAUCGACUCAUCGACCAGGAAGGCACGUGGACAGAUGCGCUUGAUGCACAAGUGGGCGACGUUCUUGAGGUCGUUGAGGACUUCGACUCAGGCGACCAAGAGGCCGUGCGCCUGACGAGGGGCUUACGCGGGAUUCUGCACUUUCGUGAUCGCGACGGCGACGCGAUGGUGCGCUUCCCCAGGCUUGAUGCCGAGUCUGUGGACCGCUUCGUGUUCGAGGAGGAUGUCCGCUGUUCGAUGCGGAAGCGAGUCGCGCAGCAACAGCCAGCGGCCAAAAAAGGAGCCGAGCGUUUGCUGCGUGCACUGGAAAGCGAAAGCGGUUUCAGUCGAAAUCACUGA